AUGACGAUCCCCACGCAUAACCUUGCGGGCGAGCCCUACAGCAAGACCAAGAUAUGGACCACCCUCCUCACGAAUCGCGGCUAUUUUGGUGGCCUCCUCGUCCUCAACUACAGCCUGCGCAAGACCAACAGCCGCUACCUGCUCAAGGUCAUGGUCACCCGCGAUGUUGAAGCCGACACCGAGUACAUGGAGGCCUUUGAGGCUGCCGGCAUCCCCACCAUUGUCGUCGACAAGAUCGAGCCCGCCCCUCGCGACGGCAAGAUCAACAAGGGCACCUGGGAGAAGCUCGCCCCCUGGGGCUUCACCGAGUAUGAGCGUGUCGUCCUCCUCGACAGCGACCAGGUCAUCCUCCACAGCAUUGACGACAUGAUGGACGUCGAGAUCCCCGAGGGCUGGGUUGCCAGCACCCAUGCCUGCACAUGCAACCCCCGCAAGCUUGCUCACUACAGCAAGGACUGGGUCCCCGAGAACUGCGCCUUCACGGCUGCCAACCAGGAGACUGGCGAGCCUGCUGCGAUUGUCGAGGGCAAGGUCCCCGAGAACCACCACCUUCUCAACAGCGGUACCGUUAUCCUGCAGCCGUCCAAGGCGCAAUACGAUGCUCUGAUGCACGCCAUGAACACCGACCCCGCCGUGCCCACCAUGUUGUUCUUCGACCAGGACCUCCUUGCCAUCGUCUACCGCAACAAGUGGAAGCCGCUGCCCUACAUCUACAACGCACUCAAGCCCAUGCGCUCCUGCCACUCGUCUCUGUGGAAAGACGACCAGGUCAGGAUCCUCCACUACAUCCUCGACAAGCCGUGGAAGUCGCGGCAGUUUGACACUCAGGACGUCAUUCAGUCGCAGCACAGCAUCUGGUGGGACGUCUGGGCCGAGGUCGAGAAGGAGUGGACCCAGAGCAAGGAUGCGCGCAAGAGGGAACUUUACGAGUCCGUUGUCAAGCCCGUCGUUGCCCAAGAAUAG